AUGCCUCCAUCAUGUGCUUUGAUCAAGAAUCGACUGGUUGUCGAAGCUAGGGCAAAUGCUAGAAAAGAAAGUGCCAAAAUCCGGAACAGAAGGAUGCAGAAGAAGUUUGAUGGAACACCUAGAAGACCAAGGCUUUCCGCAUUUUGCUCAGAGAAGCAGUUGUAUGCAAUGCUGGUUGAUGACCAAAACAAAAAGUGUCUGUUCUAUGGAAGUACAUUGCAGAAUCUAUCCGACAAGAUCCCCCUUGUUCCAAUAUUGAAGCUCCUCAACGUGUUGGGGAGGAACUUGUCAAAGCCUGCGUUGAACUCAACAUAA